AUGGAAACGUUUACCUCCCUUGCUAGAGACAUUUUGGGCCAUCAGGCGCUGAAAAAUGAUAAAGUGCAUAUUUUAAAGAAAGCUGUAAAGUCCAAAUAUAAACAAAAAUCUAAAGAAGAGAAAGCCAAAUCCCUAAGGAAGCAAAAAAGGCUGUCAGCAGACCAAAAGAAAGCUCUUUUCAAUCUUCCGCAUAAAUCAAUUUCAGAAUAUGAUUUAGAGGCAGAAAACCUUUUGAAAAAAAAAGCAACAAUUGGAGCCUCAAAAAAAGUGCAUCAAGGGGCAAGAUUGAUGUAUAGUAUGUCAAAAUUCAAAUAA